UACCACAGCUCCAUCAAACCCUAACGAGCUUACCAGUCCUAUAUAAUAUAUAGUAAAAAGAACAAAAAUGGCUUUUACACACUGGUAUUCCAUGGUAGUUAUUUCUCUACUGGCCAUGUUAAUCAUGGACAAUAUCCAACCCAUCAUGAGUCAACCGGAACAAACCCAAGCACUGAUCGACAAGAUUUGCAGAUCCAAUGAAGACUUCGGUUUCUGCAUCAAAACAUUCAAUGACAACUUGAAAGACCCAGCAACAGACAUAGCAGGUCUAACGAGGAUAGCCAUCGACCAGUGUCUGAGCAAUUCGUCAAACACACUUGGUUUCAUCGGCCAACUUCUUUCGAACACGACCGACGAGCCAACGAAGAAUGCUCUCGUAGCCUGCCAAAAUGCCUACCAGGUGGUGCUGAAGUCUUACCAGGAUGCCUCUGUUGAAUUUGAUAGCAAAGAUUACGAGGAUAUGAGGAAGUCUGAAAGUGUGACCCCCAGAGCACAAGCAAGCUGCGAAACCAGUUUUAGUACACCACCUAAUCCGGUGGACUUGCUUGUUGAAAGGAACAGACAGAUGAGGAUUCUCAUUACGAUGGCUGUUGCUACUGGCAUUGAGCUUGGUUCUCCUUCACCUUGAUAUAUAUACAUGUAUAUUAUUUUAUUUAUACAGACGCUCAAUUAUAUUUUUGUUUGGUAAUAAAAGACGGUCAAUUAUAUGUUAUAUAUAUGUAUGUUCAUUUACAUUUUAAGAGAAAUAAAAAUUCAUCUUUUGUUGAAUUGGCUAAAAGAUUCUUACUUGGACAUUCGGUCAUGCAAAAGGUGCAUAUGGAUGUUUAGAAGAAGAAAUAGUAAAUAACUAGUUCAGAUUUAAUGUUGCACAUUUUUCUAUAUUUCUAUUCAUACUGCUCUAUAUUUAUGAUCUGAUUAACGUACCAAGC